AUGGCGGCGGCGAGAGGCGGCGACGCGGACUCCGGCGGCAGCAGCGGCGGCCCGGAAGCCGCCCCCCCCGGGCUGGAGGGCGACGCGGAGGCGGACUCGGAGGUGUUCUCGUGCGGGGCGCACUGCGCGGAGCUGGCCUGGCGGCAGAACGAGCAGCGGCGGUUGGGCCUCUUCUGUGACGUCACGCUGGCCUUCGGCGGGGGCGGGGCCGAGGAGGGGGGCGGGGGCGGGGGCGGGGCCUGCUCGCCCCCCCCGCGGGAGUUCCGCGCCCACCGCUCCGUCCUGGCCGCCGCCACCGAGUACUUCGCGCCCCUGCUCUCGGGAGACUUCGCCGAGUCCCGCUCGGGCCGCGUGGAGCUGCGCAAAUGGAGCUCGGGCGCGGGGCCCGACCCGGAGACGGUGGAGGCCGUCAUCACCUUCAUGUACACGGGCCGCGUCCGCGUCAGCCCCGGCAACGUCCACGAGGUCCUCGAGCUGGCCGACAGAUUUUUAUUGACACGUUUGAAAGAGUUUUGUGAAGACUUUCUCAAGAAGAAGCUGAGUCUCUCCAACUCUGUGGCUAUACACAGCUUGGCUCACAUGUACUCCUUAAACCAGCUGGCUCUCAAAGCUGCAGAUAUGAUCAGGAGGAACUUCUACAAAGUAAUCCAAGACGAGGAAUUCUACACUCUUCCAUUCCACCUCAUCAGGGACUGGCUUUCAGACUUUGAAAUCACGGUGGACUCCGAAGAAGUUCUUUUUGAGAUGGUCUUAAAGUGGGUUCAGCGGAAUCCUGACGAAAGAGAGAAGUACUUUGGCGAGCUCUUUAAACUGCUGCGGCUGCCUCAGAUGAAACCCACUUACUUGACCCGCCAUGUCAAAUCCGAGAGGCUAGUAUCAAGCAAUGAGGCUUGCCUCCAGCUUGUGUCAGAAGCAGUGGAAAGCCACGCUCUCAGGGCUGAGAACUUGCAGUUAGGUCCUUUUCAACAGGUCUCCUCACCUGUAGCUUUGUUGCCUCGUUUUGGGCAAAACAUGGAUGUUAUUCUGGUCAUUGGAGGCGUAUCUGAGGGAGGGGACUACUUGAGUGAGUGUGUGGGGUAUUUCAUUGACGAAGAUAGAUGGGUGAAUUUGCCGCACAUACACAAUCACCUCGAUGGGCAUGCUGUGGUGGUGACAGAAUCCUACGUUUAUGUGGCAGGCUCCAUGGAGCCUGGCUUUGCCAAGACUGUAGAAAGGUACAACCCAAAUCGAAACGUGUGGGAGCAGGUUUCCAAUCUGACAACUAGGAAGCAUUCCUUCGGCCUCACGGAGGUAAAAGGCAACCUGUACAGCAUUGGUGGCCAUGGGAACUUUAUACCCGGCUUUAAAGAUGUAGCGGUCUAUCAUCCAGACCAAGACAAGUGGCAGAAUUUGGAGUCGGCGCCGAAGAUACUUCGGGAUGUCAAGGUGAUCACUAUAGAGGACCGGUUUGUUUAUAUGGCUGCCCGCACGCCGGUGGACGGAGAUAGCGAAGACGGCUUGAGGGCUGUGAUCGUCCAAUACGAUGCGGACACGAGACAGUGGCAGGAUGCCGAAUCGCUGCCGCACCUUGACAAUUAUUGCAGCUUCCAGAUGGCUGUGGCCAACACUAACUUUUAUCACACCGCCUCGUGUUGUCCCCGAAGCUACCCCGUGGAUCACGAAGAGGCCAAGCGGAAGAUUUCGGGCCAGGUGUCCGACGACAUUCUGGAAAGCUUGCCCCCGGAGGUCCUCAGCAUCGAAGGGGCAGCCGUGUGCUAUUACAAAGAUGACGUGUUCAUCAUAGGUGGGUGGAAGAACAGCGAUGACAUAGACAAGCAGUAUAGGAAAGAGGCUUACCGCUACUGUUCCGAGAGGAAGCGCUGGCUGCUGCUCCCUCCCAUGCCCCAGCCGCGCUGUCGAGCCACAGCUUGUCACGUGAGAAUCCCUUUCCGGUCCUUGCACGGUACCCAGCGAUACCCAAUGCCACAAAACUUAAUGUGGCAGAAGGACCAGAUGCGGCAGAUGCAGGAGAUAAACCGCCAUACCUUUAGCUUGAGGAGGAUGCCGCGGUCUCAGAUAGAGUGCUAACUUGAAUAAAUAAGAGUAGGAGAAAGGCCUGUUUGCGUUGCCAUGUGGUCCCUUAACAGUCACCUUAAACCAUUUGGGCAAACCACUGAGUUAUUAAAGGAGGUUCACUUUUUGGGUGUUGAAUAGCUUGCCAGGAUUGUCAGCACCACAGGGGGAAACUGAUGUAUGUGAUGGGUUGCACGUACCAGACUGCUGGAAUCUUUUAACCCCCCCCCCCCCUCCCUGUUAAAAAUGCAAUGUAGAACAAAAGCCAGAAAAAGGACUGUCUAUAAAGAGAAAGUCCAGUUCUAGCACAGGCCCUUCCCCCCCCCCCUUUUCCAGGAUCAUUUCCUGCAUAGGUCCAUUUAAUCCAGUGAGGUGAAAGAAUUUUCCUGUUGCUUGGGGCUGGUUUCACCUCUGUUAAGCGUUCAUAUAGUUUGUUUAGCAGAAGUUUCUUCUUAAUUUAACACAUGCAUAUUGUGGGAAAUCUCAUACUACCACUCCAGGCUUUCUUUUUUUUUUAAAGCAUUUGUUUUAUUCCUUUCUGCAUCUAGUAUGAAUCUGCUUAAUUUUUUGGCACUUGGAGCCAUGUGCAAUAGUUAAAACUAUGAGUAAAGCACAAUCUCUUGCUAGAUAAAUGUCUGAAUGUUGUCUUUUAUAAAUGUUUUAUAGUUGUACUUAUCUAGCGAUAUUAAGAGUUUACUUAAAGGUUAUUAAUGGAAAUGGAAUUUUAACAAUUGGUUCGUCCUCGGUCCUAUGCUGGAUGGUUCAGAGGUUUUACUUUAGGGAUCUGCUGUAAUUUUUGGGAAGCUUCUCUUACUACUUUGGAGUAAGUCCAUUGACCUCAGUGAAAUGGAUGUUAUGUAAAUGGUUCGUGGCCUUAAAAGAAAUGAGUGAAGAGACCAAAUAGAUCAGCUCCACAAACCCGAAUUCACAAUCUGAAAACUGUGGGUUAAGCAAUGCAGGGAGAAAGCUGAAUGAACUUCUAGAAAAUAGGAGUAUGUAUUGGGCGGUGGGGGUGAGUGCAUGUGAUUUUAGACAGGUAAGCCAGUAAAUCUGUUAAUGAAAGAUUUCUGCCCAGCCUGCCUUUGACAAUCAAUCUUUUUGCCUUCAUGAUAUGCCAUUUCAGUUUGGAGUGGAACAAUUUCAGCAUGGUUAUAGGGGGGUUUUUUACAGUAAAGGUUACUGUCUUUUCAGUGUCUUAUUUUUUGUCACCAGAGAAGUGAAUUGAACAAUUGUAAAGCAGACAUUUCUGAGAAUAGUAGAUGUAACCUGUUGCUUUCCCCCUCCCUUCAAAAAGCAAAAUUCUGGCUUUCUGAAGGGUACUGUUGAUUUGAAAAAAAAGAUGAAAGCAAGUUAAAAAAAAGUCUUAGUUGGGAACUUCAGAACAUUCUUCCUCAGCCAGGCAAAACACAUGGUAAGGAGGCCUGUGAAAUGUAGAAUUCUGUACUAGCAACUGAUGUUGCAAAACACUACAUUUUUUUUUCUUUUGUGUUGAUUUGUUAAUUUUCUCCCUUGGGAUCUGUAUAUAGCGAUGUUCUUCUGACAAAAUGCAUAGCUGUCCAAGGCAGUUGUGUUGCUGAGGAACCAUUUUCUCUUUGCCCUUCCUCCCACAAAUAUACUUUGGUAGAGUUCUUGGGAUCACACAAGUUUAUUUUAUCUAGUAAGAGCCACCGAAGGGAAGUAGUCAUAGCAACCAAGGGGGAAACCUUUAUUUUGGAUCAGGUCCUGACUGAAGAAGCCAUGUGGCUUUUCUGAGAUGGAAUACUUAGAAUAAAAUCAGCCUCUCUUGGCAUAGUUAAGAAGAGCUUUCUAUGAAUGGUCCAAGUUAUUUCACCUCCACCCCCCUUUAACUGGUCCAGCUUUAUUGAUGGGAGAAAGAGAACUUGAUGUGGAAAAUCUGCAACUGUCCAAGAACGGUAUGAAAGUUAAUGGCGACGUCAUUGCUUGAAUGGCAGACAGCAGUGUCUUAAAUUUUUGAAAGUGUUCAGCAAACCGGCCUUUCAGAAAAACAAAAGAUCUUUCUAUUUUUGUUCAAAUACAGGUUCCUCACUAGUAACAGUUUACAAAAGGCCCAAAAUGUUACAAAUGGGGGGAAUCAAACAAAUCUGCAGUUAUUAUGAGACAGAAAGAAGCAAGUAAAAGUGGUUGCAGCAGCUGUCGCUUUAUAAUAAUAAUUUAAAAUUCAGAAGAAAAGAAUUGUGUUGCUUCAAUUCCUGUUUAAAGUAUAGAGAUUGACCUCAACUUAGUGGUGUGUUUUUAACAAAUUGUCUUUGGGUUCAGUGUACAAAAGGAAAGGGAGCCAUUUAUAGGUAAGAUUCUCCAUACCUUUCAAUUGGGACAAUAUUUUAUGUAGCACUAUAAUUUCACAGUUCUUGGAGGACCAGGUUGAAAUAGUAUGUAGGGUUUUUUCCUCACUGUCCCCCAAGGUGAGUUUGUAAAGUCUUGCCAGCUGGAGGAAUCUGUUUACUGUGUAUAAGCCAAAAAUAUUGUUUUAGCUUAAAAGGGGGAUUGAGUAUCUUAUUUUUUUUGAAUAUGGUAUUUAAUUAGGUUCCAAAAAUGGUGACUUUUUGUACAGAGCCACUGCGUCCGUUUGCCCAAAUUUUCUUCAACAUGGACAGGGAUAUCCUUUGCAGCCUUUUGGGGUAAAAUACCAUUGCAUUAACAUUUUAAAAUAAAUUGCCCUUAUAUUCAUAGAAGCAGAAGAGGCAGGUGGGCUAGAUCCUAUAUGAGACCAUACAUUGGAAUCCGCAAGGAAGCAAAUGUCUCUUCCUCGUUUAUAUGCAAAACUGGGAGCCAUGUGCCAAGAAUGUCCUUAAUAGUCUGUAUAGAGUAGAUGGCGUUUAACGUGAAUGAAUCAUCUUCUCAAACUAUAUUUACCUCCCUGGUUAUUUGCUUUUAAGUAUUUGGGUUGUUUCUGAAAUGUUAUAGCUUUGGAAACUAUAUACAUUUGCAACCAGGGGAUUUGAUCCGAUGGAGGCUUUUCCUUUGUUUUGUUUUAACAAUACUACCCCUUUUUGCAGUUGCAUGACAUCUUCUUUGUAGAUUACAUAUCUUCCAAAUAGAAAAAGAACCUUGGUCUUUGCCUGGAAGGGAACGGUCUUGUCCCCAGAUGGUUUGGAGAUAGGACCGGAGUUAUUUUAUUCUUGCCAUCUAUCCCAGAUUUUGAGAGUAACCUUUAAAAGGGAAUUGUUUAAUGUAUCUUUUUGAUGAUGCUUAUUUUGCAACUUUUUUUUGUUUUGAGAGAGAAAUGGUAUCUUAAGGAUUGUCUAUUCUUGUUUUCCAAUUUAGCCAGAAGCCUUAAUUCUUGUCUCUGGUAACGGGGUAAGUCUUUCAAUUGCAUGGGUGUGCAGAGGUUUCUUGACUUGCAUUUCUUCCCCUAAUACCACCUUGUGCUGGAUUUUUCAAAAUAGUUUGGUUCGAAAGUAGUGUACAUUAAAUAACCGUGGCUGUAAAAGUCAGAUGAAUGCCACUUAGUUAAAAAGAAGUCACAAAUCAAAUUCCAAGCAGUAUCUGUUUGUUUGGUGUCUCAGUAUAGUUUGUGUUCCAGCCAAUUAUCCUAUGGUGAAGGUGGGUGCUUUGCAAGGCCAACAUUAACCUGUUGAAAAUGGAUGGAUGUAGGUGAGAGUUAAAAAUGACAUUCCAAAGUGACAGAGCUUGAAUGAAUGUAUGGAUUUAAUUUUAUGUCACUUUGUAUUGUGAUAGUUGGGGCCCUGUGUGUGUAUAUAUAUAUUUGCUUGAUGUCUCUCUUCUCUUUACCACCACACAAUGUAACAACCUGCUUUCCUUAGAGAAAAUGCCUAAUUUUGUAAUAACUUAUCCCCAAUGGAUCACACCGCAGAUUAUCUAUUAUACGCAGGCUGGCUGUUUGCCUGUUCAGCUAGCAAAAUUAAAAUCUGAAAUGACACUGA